AUGGGCAUCUCCUUCAGGGGUGUCGGCACCUCGGAACACCUCGAUCAACUGGUCGCCAUUCUGAGUCAUUUGGACUGCAUGCGCAGGAAAUGCAGAAAUAUUGCAAUGCUCGAAGCGGCCGAACUUCAGUCCACCCUGCAGCAGGUGAUCCAC